AUGAAUAUAUCGCCAGUAGCUCUUGCUCGAAUUUAUGAAGAAGACUUUAAACAAGAUAUGGCUGCCUUAAAGGUCCUUCCUCCUACAGUAUAUAUGAGAGUCACUGACAAUAUUCCUCAGAUAAUUUCCUUUAUAAAAACAAUAAUUGCUAGUGGACAAGCUUACGCAACCCCUCAAGGCAAUGUUUAUUUUGAUGUUAAGUCUUGGGGAGACAGAUAUGGAGUAUUAACUACUAUAUAUCCUGAUACCCAGGAUGAACCAGUUGAUACUGAUAAACGACAUGGUAAAGAUUUUGCCCUGUGGAAGGCUGCCAAACCUCAGGAGCUAUCUUGGACUUCUCCCUGGGGAAAAGGAAGACCUGGAUGGCACAUUGAGUGUUCCACAAUAUCAAGCGCAGUGUUUGGGAAGCAGCUGGACAUCCAUACCGGUGGAAUAGAUCUUGCAUUUCCUCAUCAUGAAAACGAAAUCGCACAGUGCGAGGUGUAUCAUCAGUGCGAGCAAUGGGGGAAUUACUUUUUGCAUUCUGGGCAUUUACAUGUUAAAGGAAGUCAAGAGAAAAUGUCCAAGUCAUUAAAAAACUACAUAACAAUUAAGGAUUUCCUGAAGAAAUUUUCCUCGGAUCAAUUCAGGAUGUUUUGUUUGCGCAGCAGAUACAGCUCAGCGGUGGAAUUCAGUGAUGAGAGCAUGGAUGAUGCAAAGCACCUUGUUCAGGCAAUCUCCUCAUUUAUUAGAGAUGGAAAUGCUUAUAUAAAAGGACAGCUGGUAUGUGACCCCGUUAGAGAAGACAUACUGUGGGAAAGGCUAGCCAACACAAAAGUAACCGUGAAGGCUGCGUUUGCAGAUGACUUUGACACCUCCAGGGCUGUUGCAGCAAUUAUGGACCUCAUUCACCAUGGCAACAGACAGCUUAAGGCUGUUACUAAGGAUACUGGAUCUCCUAGAAGCUCUGUUGUGUAUGGAAGCAUUAUUUCCUAUAUAGAAGGCUUUUUUAAUGCCCUCGGGAUGUCCUUUGGAGAAAGACAG